AUGCCCGAUUCAUCGAAACCAUCAAAUGCCUGGAUCACGCCACACAACUACCAAAAACGCUCAGUUUCUUUAGAAGAAGCUACCAAUCCAAAUCUAUUACUAUCACGUUCCACAGAUGACUUAAUCAGUACAGGUUUAUCUCUUGCAGGUAUUGGUUUAAAGAAAAAUGAAGGUCCACUCAAAAGGACGCGGUAUUCAUUCAAAAUGAAGUCCAAAAAUCGUUCAGAAAGUGAUAUCUCAGGUCCUGAAAGUACCGUACUCAAUUCUAAGUUUAAUAUUAUGUCAAUGCCAGACGAGAAAACUGUUAAUAUGCUUUUCAGUGAAAUGCUAGAGGAUGGGACCUUCUUUUGGGGUUCUGCUCAGGGAAACCUUCAAAAGGUAUCCAGUAAAAGAAAGUGGGAAUUAAUAUGUAAGAUAAAAUCAGUACCAGAUACCACAGAUAAUGAAAAGGAGAAAAAGGAAUCUAAGUUUUUUUCAAACUUGGAUAAUUUUCCAAUAAAAGAUCCUGAUAUUUCUAGAUCAUUAUAUCAGAUAGAAAAGGUACUAAGGCAAUCUCAAAUGUGUGAUAAAUUUGUGAAAGAAAACCAUAUCCAAAUGCUUUUGGAUAUCAUACCUUCAAUCAGCAGUUCUUUCCAGUACGUGUACCUCCAAUGUUUCAAAACUCUACUGAACAACGCCGAAGCUCGAGCUCAAAUAAUCAAAUCCAAUACUGUACUUCAAUACUUUAUUGAUUUGAUGAUUAACGAAGGUACCUCGCUAAGAACAAAAUUGCAAUCAAGCCAGCUGUUAUUAUUGCUGACUUACGUAGAUGCAGAAAUGGGAUACAAAGUUAUAUGGAGCAAUCUCGAGAAGAAACUACAAUUGUGGCUCAAUGAUCUUAACGAGAUCAUUCUCAAUCCUGAUUCAAUCAUAAAAGAGGAGAAAUCAGCCCAGUUUUACAUUCAGUUAUUGAGGCCAAAACAGCUAAUAACAGAGUAUUUAUCAUCAUGCAUGUUUCUGAUAAAUUCAAUCAUUGAAGGGUUCCCAUUACAAAAUGAAAAAUACUCUGUUCUCGAAAAAUUAAAAGAUGUAGAGUUACCUAAACUAUUUUUUGAACUAAGUGCUUUAGACUCUAAGGUUAUUCAAGAACAAAUAUAUCGUUACAAGAAAAACGACGAGAAUAUUCGACUAAAAAUAAUAAAUGAAAAUCCAUUAUCUAUACCUGAUAUCUCUUAUGGGGCGACGCUUAUGCUUUUGAUAGAAAAAUCGAAGUCUACUCCUCUGGAAGAACCAAUCGGUGCAUUACUAGAUUCUGUUUUAAAGAUAUUAGAUACACGAACAUACUCGGAGUCAAUUAAGUUAUUUGCCUCAGUAAGUUCACUCUUGACUUACCUGGUGGAUAAGCUUGAUUCUACUAUCAGCUCUGCAGAAAAUGCUAAUUCGUUGAAGCCCGUAUUACAGGAUUCAAUUGAAAGAUUAAUAGAUAAUUUGGAAUCUGAUGAGGUUGCAAGAAGAGCCAUGAAGGAAUUAAGAGAAUCAGAAACUGUUAUAAAAGAUCUUAACACAGAAAUCCAUAAUUUGAAAAGGGAAAAGAAUUCCAGUAAAGAAGACAUUUUAGAGCAACUAGAAGAAGUCAGUACAAUUCUAGAUGAGAAAGAGACAGAAAUUGAAAACCUAACAUUGAAUGUAAAUAAGCUCGAAGAGCUGUUGAGAGAAGAAAAGAAGAAAAAUCAACAUUUUAUUGCACACCAGCAAUUCAAUGAGCCAACUAAGUCAAAAUUUUCACUUUUUAAUAACCUUGGAGGCUCGACUGCCAAUCAAAGAACUUUAAAAAGAGCCAAUUCUACAUCAAUUUUUAAAAGCAAAAGAGUUGCAUCUCUAUCAUCAUAUCUUCAGAAAGCAUCUGAAACGGAAUUAUCUAACGGUCCCACGGAUGAUACAAGCAGUAUUUCUAUGUCUCCUACAGGGGACUUCCUUCCUCUGAGGACAAUUCCACCAAAAGAUAUUUCAUUAAUGAAUAAAAAGGGUAUCAAAUUAAUUGAAUCAUCACCUAGAUCGAUAACCACCAUUGGUGAGCCUGAAUUUUUGAAAAAAAUGGACACACCAUUAAAUUCUACCUUGCCAGAAAAUUUAAAAUCAAAAGCGCUACAUUUGGAUUUCGCUGGAGACUCUUCGUUAUCUUUGAGAAGCACACUACCAUCUUCCCCAUCUCAACCUCAUUCUACUAAGAUCGAUACUCCAACAACACCUCUAGCUUCUUCAAAGGAUGUACCAGUAGCUCCACCACCACCAGCAUUUUUACAGAGUACUACGAAAAGCAUUUCACCAACCUUAUUAGUUCCUACUCCUCCUCCUCCACCACCACCACCACCUUUAUUUUUGACAAUUAAUCAGAACACGACAUCCAAAAGUUCAAAGGAAACAUCUCUUACGGCCGUAUCCCCUGUUGCUAAUUCAAAUGAUCCUCAAAUUCCAAUGCCUCCGCCACCACCUCCACUUCCAAUGACUUUCAAUGCGGCUUCUAACAAUCUAAUUACAGAGCCUAAUGUUGAAAUAGUAAAAAGUGAGGAAAUAAGACUGAAACAGAUUCAUUGGGAGAAAGUUGAGGACAUCGAGUCAACUUUAUGGCAUGAUUCUGCACGCCGUGAAGAAACGGCUAAAGAGUUGAAGUUAGAUGGAAUCUUUGACCAAGUCAUGGACACUUUCCAAGUUAAAAAUAUAAAAAUGAAGAAGCGUGAUACUACAACGGCCAGUAAAAAACAAAAUGGAACUCUGUUGCCACGAAAUUUGGCACAACAAUUUGGUAUCAACCUUCAUAUGUUUUCGUCACUUGGUACAGAUGAAUUUGUCGAGAAAGUCCUGGAAUGUAAUAGCGAUAUUGUUUCCAAUGUGUCCGUUUUAGAAUUUUUUAAUAAAGAAGAAUUAACAUCAAUUCCCACGUCUUUAAUUCAGAAGUUUACACCAUACGCCGAAAAUAUCAAAUCGAAAUUCGAAUUAGAGAGAGCAGAUAGAAUAUUUUUCGAAUUGUGCUUCCAAUUGCAUUCGUACUGGCGUGAAAGGUCAAAUUGCUUACUGAUUUUGAACACUUAUGAAAAGGACUACUAUGAUUUGAUGUAUAAGUUGAAAAAAGUCGACGAUGGAAUUCAGAGGUUACUUUCAUCAAGUAAAUUUAGAGAUUUCCUCUAUAUUAUAAUAGAGAUUGGUAAUUAUAUGAAUAAGAAAACUGUAAAUGGUAUACGAAUUGGUUCAUUAAAUAAACUAGUUUUUGUUAAAUCAAGUUUGGAUAAUAAUGUUUCAUUUUUACAUUUUAUCGAAAAGAUAAUCAGGGUGAAAUAUCCCGAUAUUUACUCAUUUAUCAACGAACUGAGAAUAAUACAGGACCUUGGUAAACUAUCUAUUGAUCAACUGGAGUACGAUUCUCAAGAAUUCUGUUCGAAAAUCAAUAAGAUGUCAAACGAUUUAGAAAAGGGCAAGCUGUCUAAAGCUGAUAGAAUAGAUCCAAGAGAUCAACUCUUGAAAAAGACAAAAUACAAGGUACUUCGUGCUAAGAGCAAAAGUGAAUUAAUGAGGCAUCAACUAAAACUAUUAGGCCAUGAUUAUGCCAAGAUAAUGAGAUAUUUUGGUGAAGAUGCAAGUGACAGAGAUAGUAAGAAUGCAUUUUUCACCAAUAUCUUCGAAUUCAUACAAGUUUUCAAGAAGUGCUCCAAAGAGAAUAUUGAAAAGGAAGAAAUGGAGAGAGUGUAUGAGCAAAGGCAAAAAAUGUUUGAUAUGCGGAAGAAAGAGGAAGAAGAGCAAACACAAGAAAAAGAGCAAAAUGAUGAAAACCGCAGUAUAGUUGAUGCUUUAAUAAUGCAGUUACGCGUAGUGGAAAAACCGAAUGAACCUUUAAGAGAUAGAAGAAAGACCAAAAUUACUGGUAACAGCCACACUAAUAACACCAACGAACAGUUGCUGGAAAGAACACAGGCAAUGUUGCAAGAUAUUCAGAAUAUAUGA